AUGACGGGUGACAUUCGCGCGAGAGCGCUUGACAAGAUAGCAUCGCUUGCUGCGUCUUCUACCAACACUUCCUUUGACAAGUCCGACCUCGAUAGACUGUGUCGAGCCUGCAACGUCAGUGGCCGCAGCCGCGAAUACAACCAUGGCGCGUACAAUUCGAAGCAGGCUGGCUCGCUCAGCCGUAUCCCCAUGUCCAUUCGCGAAUUCGAGGUCCUCCUAGCCCUUUGCAAGAAUGCACCCAAGAUUCUGUCUGCUCAGAGCGCCCAGAAGCUUUCCUACCAGCUCAUUCCGUACAUCCUCGAGGCGCACUCCCAGACCUUUGUUACCUCGCCAUUCUUUCGCAAAAUCAACCCUUGUCCGACCGAGUCCCUGGCCUUUCAUGUCACUGCUGCGCUCCUGUCUCUCGGAAUCAAGUACAACGAGCUAAAGGAGACCGUUACGGACGGUAUCUGGGCCUUUACCAACGCCUGCAGCCGAACCACCGAAAGUGUACUCUCCCCUCGAACUGGCGACCCAGAGAACCUCAAUAUUGACGAAUCUAUCCGAACUCUCAACAUUGCUGUCGCUAUUCUCGGCUUCCUCGAUGCUGCCGCGGCUCAGGCCGAUUUUUGGAAAUCUGGUGGCCGACUGGGGCUGAUUCAAAAGACCAAGCAGCUGCUCUCGGAGCCCUUCCUGGUUGCUGUCGAGACAUCCUUGUCCACAAUUCGCAAUGCCCAUAGCGACGACCGCGACGUGCGAGAAUGGAAGCGUCACUUGCGCCACUACUCUGCUGCUGGACGCCCGCUUGGUGCCAUGCUCUUGCAGCGAAGCUUCAUGUGGCUGGUUCUUUCCAGCACCUCCCUGAUGGUCACUGACGGAUCCCAGCUGCGCAAGAAGCAUGUUCUCGACGUGCUCAUGGACAACGGCGGUGUUCUGACUCGCGUCGAUGGCUUUGCUGCCGAUGUUGACCUGCGGUCUAUUGACCUGCACGCCAACUUUGCUAUUGAUCAGAUGAACUACAUCGAAGCUGGUGCUGACUUUGCUCGUCUUGGCUCCCCUUCCCAGCAGAAGCUCGCCUAUGCUGUCAAGUCGGCUGCCAUGGUAUCCUUCCUGAACUGCGCUAUGCUCAACGAGGAUGCUGCCGAGCCCGAAGUCUUGAUGAACUGGCUGCAGCAGACUCUGGAUGAUCCCCAGCAGAUGAGCGAUGAGACCCUUGCUUCAACGACCCUUCGCUGCAUGGCUCUUCUCAGCCGCAUCGCCCCAGCAUUUUCGCAUACUGUGAUCCGAUCGCUUCCUCGCUUUAUCGUUCAGGAUGUGACCAAUGCCAGCACUGGCGCUGUCGCAUCCCGAAGCCUUGCCUUUGUGCUCAAGAAAUUGUCCAAGGAUGCUGUCAUUAGCACUCUCUACUCCCUCGGCAACGUUCUUAGCCCUGAUACGGAAGCAAAAAUCGCCAACGGUCACACCAAUGGCGCUGUUGACGGAGAGAAUGGUCUAUAUCCCGAGUACCAGCGUCGCCACUCCAACGCUAGUUCCAUCUCCGUCGAUGUGAGUGGCGAGCAGGAGGCAGCCAUUGUAUAUCGCAACGUCGUGCAAGCGAUUUGCGGCAUUGCCGCCGUAUGCGAAGAUGAGAAGAUUACCGCUCUCGCACAAUCAAUUCUCCUCCAAAAGUUGGACAAAGUCAACGCUACUGUGGAUGUGCAAGUUAUUACCGGCGCCGCCGACUUGGCUCUCAGUGGUGGUCAGUUGGAAUUCCGAUCCCUUCUGAAAAUGUACAACCGACUCGGCCACUUUGGCGUCGUCGAAAAGAAGGAGUUCUUUUCUCAGGCUGUUUUGCAAGGCCGAAAUCACAUUUCCGCAAACCUUCGCCGCGAUUCGCCACUCUUUGACAUUUACUGGGAACACCUGCUGGAUAGCAUCAUCGCUCUUGGUGAUGCAUACUCUCAGGGUCAGACGAAGCAGAUCGAUGUUGACCUGACUGCGCAAGAAAUUGGAGAGUUGCUUCACCCUCUAGCUGUGCUCAUGUCGACUAACGACCUGGCUGCUCAGCCCCUGGCCAAUGAUGAAUCGUAUGCCUUGCUUCGAGAUGCUUGGUUCAACAUUGUGGUACAUGGAUUCUCCACUUCAACGGAACGGGGGAAGAGAUACCUCAACGAGCUGCGCGUAAUUGCUGUCCACUCGCCUCCGCUGGCUGCUGAACAGCGUGGCGAGCAAGUUGAGAGCGAUAUCGAACUCAACACGGUCCUGCGUCGCGGCAACAGCAGCGAGCGGGAGUCUCUGCAAAAGAAGCUCUUGGGUGAGCUCAUUCCUGGCAAGGCUUCGGAGAUCAAAAACCUCAGCUACCGCAAAGUCAUCUUCUUGCACUCUGCCUAUCUUGUUGAGAUCCUGCGCGCAGACUCUGGAGACUGUACCAAGGUCCUGUCCUACUUUGCUGAGCGUAGCAUGCUACAGAGGGAAGUGUACAGUGUCAUGGAAGGCAUUUCCAGCGCGGUAGUGGACAAGUACAUCAACAAGACCAUUAGUGGUACCGAGCCUGCUUUCUCGGCGCAGUACGCCGCCAAGCAGCUUGCCACGAUCUUCUCUCUAUGCUGCCAUCGCAUUGAACGUGUCCAGAAAGCUGCCUUUGCAUUGGCUGACAAAGUCGUGCGCGACGUUCCCUCUUCACUUUGCUACCGCACGUCCCUCUUUGCUCUGCUUGAACUGCUUUCUCUGAUGUGGUCUAGCUGCCUGGAAGCCGAGACUGACAUGUACGGGCACAGAUCUACGUUUACGUCUGGACGUUGCAAUGUGACUGUGAGACUUUCGGAUGACUACGAUUUCCGCAGCUUGACAUUGAAGCACCUGCACCAGAGGGCCCGCGCCUGGGUCAAUACAGCCGUUAACCUCGCACCACUCGAUGUCAAAGGACUACUCCAGACGUACUUGUCCGAGUUUGACGACGAAGGUACCUAUGGCCACAUUUCUUUGGGCCGCUCCUUUGCCCUGGAACUCGGCUCAGUCAUCCCCAGUACCGACAACCGGCUCCAGUCUGUUGACCAAGUCGGCGAGUACGGCAUCAACUCUGCUUCGGAUCUCAUUGCGCAGUACACCACUCGCCAAGAGUAUCGCUAUGGCGAGACACUUCCGGACCGCGGCACCGAGUUGAUUAGCUUCAUGCAAACCAAUCGCCGACCCUCCUUCUCCCAGUCGUCAGUGGUGGAAAGCGCCAACGCUGCCACGGCACUCGCUCAUGUCGAGGCGCGCAUUCUUAGUAAGAAAGCGACCUCAAUUGACGAAGUCCGUGACAUUAUGCGUAGGGCCGCAGCACUCCUGUGCCGUAGCAAACAUGACGAGUCUGCCGUUGCCCGCCAACUUGUGAGCAUUCCUUUCGCUCUCUUCACUAAGCAGUCAAUCAAGCUCGGCGCCUCCCUCUGGCUCGGCGUCAUGAAUGAGAACCCGCGUCUCGAGUCCAAGCUACUCAACGCCAUUGCUCAGCAGUGGGAGUUUACCAUCUCCCGCCGUGUCGGUCUCUUUGAUCCGUCAUUGGAACACUCUGAUCCGUUCUUCUUGAAGCAAGAGUUUUCUCCGAGCGACUGGGAUAUGAUCAAUCAGCAAAAGCAAAAAGUCCAUGACAUGCUUUCCCCUCAUACCCGCUUGCUUCAGUUCUUUACCAGCCACUUCAACGCCACUCGGUUGGGCAGCCCGGAUAUCCAAAAAGUCUUCUUGCGCCUCUUGGAUCUGACACUUGACGCGCUCAAGGAUUGCAGCCCGCAUCCAAUGGCUCGCGAGAUCCGCUUCCAGAUCAUUCUGUUCAGUACAAAGGUACUGCGAAGCAGCACUACCAUUGCUCCUACAGCCCAAUGGAGACUCAAGGAUCGAAUCCUAUCCGCUGGUCUCAGCUGGUUCCGCCACUCACCGCGCUGGUCCUUCGGCAGCAACAUGAUAUCUCUCAAAACGGAAAUUCGCCUCCUCUCAGACAUUAUUGCCUCGCUGAAUCUGGUCUCGCACAUUGGCUCGCACACUGUAGGCAAUGUUACGUCCCUACAAACUAAAGACAGCUUGUUGAAGCUUUUGCUCGAAAACGAGCAAUCACGUCUGAUUGUUUGGGCCAACCCUCGCAACCUCUCGGGAACUCAAUUACCCAGCCACCACGCCUCAAAGCAUGCCACCGAGAACGCUCUUCUUCCUUUGGUGCGAACGGCUUGGUACCAAGAUCCUGCCAUUGCCGUGGAGCUGGCUACUCGAUUCCACUAUCCUCGGCUUCGCAGCGAUAUUCGUCGUCUAAUCCUGACUUCACCAGAAAUGGUCAUCGAUGACCCCGAAGCGCUCCCGCUCUUGAUUGGCAGUCAGCUCCCCGACGACGUCAACUGGCAGCUCAAGUACCUUUUGUUCUGGGAGCCAGUCAAUCCAAUCACUGCUGUGACCCUUCUCUCGCCUGCGUUUAAAGACCACCCCUUCAUUAUCCAGUACGCCAUGCGCUCACUCGAAAGUCACUCCGUGGAUGUUACAUUCUUCUACGUGCCUCAGAUUGUGCAGUCGCUUCGACACGAUAAUCUUGGAUACGCGGAGCGUUAUAUCCUCGAGACGGCACAAUUCUCGCAGCUCUUUGCUCACCAGAUUAUCUGGAACAUGAAGGCCAACUCGUACAAGGGUGAUGAUGCCGAGGUCCCCGACGAGAUCAAGCCCGUUCUUGACGCUGUCAUGACCAAAAUGGUGGACAGCUUUAUGCCUGAGGACCGCUUAUUCUACGAGCGGGAGUUCUCGUUCUUUGACGAAGUCACUGGCAUUUCCGGCAAGCUCAAGCCAUACAUUAAGCGGCCCAAGCCCGAGAAGAAGCAAAAGAUUGAGGAGGAGCUGAUGAAGAUCAAGGUUGAAGUCGGCGUUUACCUGCCCAGUAACCCCGAGGGCAUCGUCAUUGGCAUUGAUCGCAAGUCGGGCAAGCCGCUACAAAGUCACGCCAAGGCGCCGUACAUGGCCACCUUCCGCGUCCGCAAGAACAAGUACGUAGGCGACACGCCCGCCGACGACGACGAGGACAGGCAAGUGGUCGGGCAACAGCCCGGCACGCAGCAUCAAGCGACCGAGUCGCCGGACAACUACAUUGAGGUGUGGCAGUCGGCCAUUUUCAAGGUUGGCGAUGACGUGCGUCAAGACGUGCUCGCGCUGCAGAUGAUUUCGGCGUUUCGUAGCAUCUUCCACAACGUCGGCCUGGACGUGUAUGUCUUCCCGAAUCGGGUGACGGCGACGGGCGCCGGGUGUGGCGUCAUUGACGUGCUGCCCAACUCCAUCUCGCGCGAUAUGGUAGGCCGCGAGGCCGUCAAUGGCCUGUACGAGUACUUCAAGGCCAAGUACGGCAAUGAGGACUCGCUGCGCUUCCAAGCCGCGCGCAGCAACUUUGUCAAGUCGAUGGCGGCCUAUUCCGUCAUUUCCUUUUUGCUUCAAUUCAAGGACCGCCACAAUGGCAACAUCAUGAUUGACGACGCCGGCCACAUUCUACACAUUGACUUUGGCUUCUGCUUCGACAUUGCGCCCGGCGGCAUCAAGUUUGAGCGCGCGCCGUUCAAGCUGACGAGCGAAAUGGUGGCCGUCAUGGGCGGCGCGACGGACCACCAGAGCUUCCACGCCUUUGAGGCGCUCUGCGUCAAGGCGUUUCUGGCAGCCCGCCAGUACCGCGACAAGCUCGCGCAGGUGGUCGAGCGCAUGAUGGACAGCGGCCUGCCGUGCUUCAAGCCCGAGUCGGUGCGCCACUUCAAGGACCGCUUCGUGCUGGACAAGACGGAGCGCGAGGCGGCGGAUUUUAUGCGCGACUUGGUCAAGAAGUCGUACUCGAGCUACAGCACGGGCAUCUAUGACCAGUUUCAGCUCCUGACCAACGGUAUCCCUUAUUAG